UGAUAAGUAAAAUUCUCUUCCAAAAGCCUCUUGCAAACAAAGGUCUUCUCUCCAUUUAUGCUAAGAGACCAAUUAUCGGAUGGUUCAAGAAAAAGGAAACACUACCACAGAAAAAGCCUGGGAAAGAACUCUAGUUAAGGCUGAAGUUGUCAAAAAAAUAGUAUCUAAAAACAAAGCCCAAGAAGUCAUAAUGAAUGUUACUCUUAUCCCAGUUAAAGAUGAUAACAUUUUUGGAGAGAUUUCAUUCCAAAUUUCAGUUAAGGAAAGAGAGAAGAAUAUGCAUGAGUUUUGCACCCUGACCUUCUUGCACUUGACAAUGUCACUCUCCAGAAGUUUAAUCCCAAAGAACUUAAGAGAGGGCUUGACGAAGGAGAAAGACCUUUCCCAGUGACUCCUAGAAUAGCUGCUUAUGAAAUCAAGGAACCAAUCGUUGGAGCCAAACAAUAUAGGUGGUGUUCCUGUGGAAUGAACAGAAGCCAGCCAUUGUGUGAUGGAAGCCAUAGAGGAACCAAAUUCAAACCUCUCAAAUUUAGAAUUGAACAACAAGUUGAUACUAUCCAUCUGUGUGGAUGAAAAUUAUCUACUACUGCUCCAUUCUGUGAUGCUACCACUUGCCAGAAGAUCAACUCUAAUUCUCUAUCACUUGAAGACGUAACCCCCGAGAUCCAAGAGCAGACUGAAUCCAAGGAGGAUAAGUGACAGACUCAGGAGAAACCCUAUUUGUUAAUAGACACCAGAGCUGUCAACGUUUGUAUAUCAUCUCUGCUUACAUAAAAAUGAUGCCUCUAUAAUUCCUGUAAAAAUCAGAAAAGCUUGGUCUCGAGGGAGGAACUUCUAUUUACAUUCAGGACCAAAAUCUUGGCUUACCAAAAGAAACAUAAGUGAAAAUUAUUGUGACCAAGUUUAAGGACACUUUGGGGAGCUGCAAAUCAGUAGAGUUUGUGACGAGUUCGAUACCGGCCCAAUUGUCAUUUUUACGACAAAU